AUGGCAUCCUCAGAGCAAGCUCAGUCUUCUACGGAUGGUUUCAAUGCGAGGCCUGACGCUUCAAUCAUCAAUGUGCCAUCUCAGACAGCCUCAGACUACAUCAAUACCCAACUCCGCCUCGAAAAUGAUGCGCGAGAAGUCCUCCCAUUCUCCUUCGACCAUUGCACUAAGGAUCUUGGUCCAUUACGACAGAAUCUCUUCUCUUGUCUGACAUGUAACCCUCCUCCUACAUCCCCUACCGAAACUUUCACACCAGCAGCCGUAUGCUACUCAUGCAGCAUCGCAUGCCAUGGCGAGCACACUCUUGUCGAGCUCUUUCACCGUCGCGACUUCGUCUGCGAUUGUGGUACUACUCGCUUUCCGGCCACCAGUCCCUGUACACUUCGGAUUGACCCUACUACUGGGAUGAAGGCGCCCGUGCAUAAUCAAGAACCUGCUUCGGGAAAUUCCUACAAUCAAAACGCCAGGAAUAGAUUCUGUGACUGUCACGAGUGGUAUGAUGCUGAAAAGGAAAAAGGAACCAUGUUCCAAUGUUUGGGGUUGGCCAGUGAAGAGCAAGGCGGGUGCGGUGAGGAUUGGUGGCACCCAGAAUGCGUAGUCUGGGGCGGAGAAGAAGGCAGCAAGCGGAGAAUGGAUGCAGAUGAAAAGAGGAAAGAAAAACGAAGGAAGAAAGAUACAAUUCCAGAGGGUCAGACAACGGAGGGAGAAGCGCAGGAGGAAGAUCAAGACGAAGAGAAUGAACUUCCCGCCGGCUUUCCAGAUGAAGACGAUUUUGAUACCUUCAUCUGCUGGAAAUGCGUUGAAGCCGUGCCUUCACUGAAGCAAUAUGCCGGCACUGAAGGCUUUCUACCUGCGGUCUUCUUGCAAGACAAAGAGCCAGCAGAGAAUGGCCAUACAGUGAACGGUCAUGCACUCGAGACAGCUGCGUCACCCAAUCCAGAGCCCAGCGCUCCACCAAACCAAAACGGCGAACCCGCCACCACCAGCGUCCCCACCCUGGCAAGCGAAAUAAGUAAGAAGCGCAAAGCAUCAGACACCGACCUCAACGACGCCGAGACCGCCUCCACCUCCUCCAAGAAGCCCAGAGCCGACCUCGAGGAACCAACACCCGCCCACCCAGCAGCCUACCACACCCUCCUCCCCCCUCCCCCGACCAGCAAACUUUCCCUCUUCUGCACAACUGACUUCCGCUCCUCUCUCUGCCGCUGCGCAACCUGCUACCCUCUCCUGCGCCCGCACCCUCAACUCCUCGAAGAAGAAGACACCUACGAGCCACCACUCUCCCCCGCUGCCUCCGCGCGUGCUUCCCCAUCCCACCCGAACCACCGCACCACGAACUCCAACGGCAGCGUCGGCUCAAAAGCAUCUACGACAUGGGCGAAGAAGCGCUUAGCAAUGUCGAUAGAGUGA